CGCACUGGAAACGGUGUUCGUGUUUCUCAUCGACGUUUUGUCAUCGUCUUUGCCUCUGAACACACAGUAGAAGGAGUUACAUCACGAUUUCACAAACGCAGUAAUCGGAGAAAACAAUUUACGGUGUGAAUCGUGUUUUCGAUAACAGUUGUAUCAAGCGGGAAAAGGCCCAGCGGGAGCAGCACUAUCCAAAACCAGCGGGCAGUGAUCCACAAUCAUCACCGUGCGGUAGCGAAAAGUGCGCCGUGUGCGAUUUCUAGCAUGCUCUAGCGCAAAGGAAAACGCAUCGAGCAGGACGUCGUCGUCGUGCGUGUUAUCACCGCCACUCGCGAAAGGAUAUUGGGCAGCAGUUCCCUGGUGCGCUAGAGUAUGACCGAAUCGAAGCAGUUUGUUGCUUAGCACCGCCAGUACGCGAAAGAGCGUUCCACUUCGUGUAGAUAAGGUUGGGUGCACAACACCGUCUCGCGGUCACUCUCCAAUUGCUUCUUAUCCCACAGACGUUCGUUCAAGUUGUCCUUAAACUUGAUUUAAUUUUGUUUUUGUGUUCUCCGAGAUCCCAGACAAAAGCACGUGGCUUGAUUUGUUAUUAUUUUUUAAAGAUUCUUAUCCACCUCACUCAUUCCAUUCGAAGCAGACCGGCCGGAAGUGCGGUGAAUAGAGGUUUUGCAAAACAAAGUUUUAUCAGCGGUGUUUGGGAGGAUUGAAUCUUUCGAACCUGUUGUCGCUUUCUUUUCGUCAUCCGCUAGCGCUACAACCGAGCGUGACUCGUGGGAAGUGAGGGAGCGAUCAAAAAGAUCCCAAACACACAACGAUCGAUUGUUAGAUUGUUUAAAAACAAAAAAAAAACAAAACACGAAAAACACCCCCGGUAUUAGAAUUGUCACGUGUCGUGAUCGCUCUUCCUCUCGUUUCGUGAUUUACGGCCACGUCCACCGAUGGCAACCUACCUGAACCGCACACUGUCGAUGGUGACCGGAAACGGAAACGCUUCCAUGUACGACACGGCCGCCCUCAUCGAUCCGAACGCCCGGACGCUGCACAACAAUGCGACCGACGUGUCACCGCUACAGAUCUUCGUGCGGGCCAAAAAGAAGAUCAACGACAUUUUCGUCGAGAUCAAUGAUUACGUCGUCGAAACGACCGGGUUCAUCGAAGAACUGCCGGCAGCAUCGGAAAUUGUGGACAAGGCGGAAGCGGAACAGUUCAAAAGCUAUGUGCUGAAGGUGCGCGGCAUCCGGGAGGUGUUGGCCCGCGAUAACAUGAAGGUAGCGUUUUUCGGCCGCACCUCGAACGGCAAAAGCUCGGUCAUAAAUGCGAUGCUGCGCGACAAAAUACUGCCGAGCGGUAUCGGCCACACGACCAACUGCUUCUGCCAGGUGGAGGGAAUUGAUGGACACGAGGCGUACCUGGUGAAGGAGGGAAGCGACGAGAAGCUGAACGUUACGUCGGUGAAACAAUUGGCGAACGCACUGUGUCAGGAGAAGCUGUGCGAAAGCUCGCUGGUGCGAAUAUAUUGGCCACGGGAACGUUGCAGCUUGCUGCGCGAUGACGUCGUGUUUGUCGAUUCACCCGGCGUGGACGUUUCGCCGAACCUGGACGAUUGGAUUGAUAACCAUUGCCUGAAUGCGGACGUGUUCGUGUUGGUGCUAAACGCUGAAUCAACAAUGACGCUUGCGGAAAAGUCAUUCUUUCACGAAGUGUCCACCCGGCUAUCGAAACCAAACAUUUUCGUGCUGAACAAUCGGUGGGAUGCGUCCGCUUCCGAACCAGAGUUUCAAGAAUCGGUGAAAGCUCAGCACCAGGAACGUUGCAUAGAUUUCCUCGUCAAGGAGCUGAAGGUGGCCACGCCGAAGGAAGCCGAGGAGCGCGUAUUUUUCGUCUCGGCCCGCGAAACGCUGCAGGCACGGCUCAAGGAGCAGGAGGGCCUCCCACCGAUCGCGGGUGCCCUCGCGGACGGGUUCCAGAAUCGCUACUUCGAGUUUCAGGACUUUGAGCGCAAGUUUGAGGAAUGCAUUUCGCAGAGCGCCGUGCGGACCAAGUUCGAGCAGCACAGCUCGCGGGGCAAAAACAUUGCGAGCGACAUGCGCAUGAUGCUGGACAGCAUCUACGAGCGGGCGAACGUGCUGCGCAACCAGAAGCUCGAGCAGAAGAAGCGGCUGACGGACCGCAUCGCCAGCACGGAAACCUCCCUAAUGCAGGUAACGCGCGAGAUGAAGAUGAAGAUACACACGAUGGUGGAGGAGGUGGAGCAGAAGGUGGCCAAGGCGCUGAACGAAGAAAUCUGGCGGUUGAACGUGCUGGUGGACGAGUUCAACCUACCGUUCCACACCGAUGCGCUCGUGCUGAACGUGUACAAGAAGGAGAUCAAUGCGCACGUGGAGAAUGGGCUGGGGUCGAACCUGCGCGCCCGGCUCAGCACGGCGCUGGCGAUGAACGUGGAAACGGCCCAGCGGGAGAUGACGAGCCGCAUGACGGCCCUGCUACCCUCGGAAAAGAUGGCCGCCCAGCAGCAUCAGGUGGUGGUGCGCACCCAGCCGUUCGAGAUGCUGUACACGCUCAACUGUCAGAAUCUGUGUGCCGACUUCCAGGAGGAUUUGGAGUUCCGGUUCUCGUGGGGCAUUCGGGCACUGAUUGCCCGGUUCAAUGGGAAGCUGCGCGCUGGCAAUCGGAAAGCAAUCACGCACCAUCGGCAGAACAGUAAUAUGAAUAUGUCGCAGGUACUUUCGCCAACCUCACCGAUGUGUCUUAUGCCGGAAAACGAGCUGAUAACGAACGAGCAGCUGUCGGUGAUUUCAAAGGUGGCGAUUGCUUCGAUAGGAUCGCAGGGAACACUCGGGCUAGUGGUGGCUGGUUUGAUGUUAAAAACGAUCGGGUGGCGCGUUAUAGUCGGUGCCGGUGUAAUAUACGGCAGCGUGUACCUGUACGAACGAUUGUCCUGGACCAACACGGCAAAGGAGCGUCAGUUUAAGAACCAGUACGUGGAGCAUGCGACCCGCAAGCUGAAGCUGAUCGUCGAUCUGACCUCGGCCAACUGUAGCCACCAGGUGCAACAGGAACUGUCUAGCACGUUCGCCCGACUGUGCCGGGUUGUCGAUACCGCCAGCACGGAGAUGAACGAUGAGCUGAAGCAGAUCGAAAGCUCGCUCGGUGUGAUCGAGACAAACCAGAAGCAGAUUAAGCUGCUGAAAAACAAAGCCAACUACAUCAUGAACGAGCUGGAAAUCUUCGACAGCAACUACAUCAAGGCGAACUAAACAAUGAUGUCGGGUUACUUGAUCGAUCGGAAACCGAGCACAGAAAUCGUGUUUCGACUAGUAAAACGGCGCACCAUUAAGUUUGCGCCUUCGAUUCACAGCUCCGGCUAGGAGCAGUAGCAAUUUAUCGAUUCUUUUCACAGUGAAAACCGCGUGAACAUUGGAACCAAACGCUUUUAGUGAUGGGAUAUUAGUUAGCUGAGAAGGAACGAUGGUGCUUGAUGGCAAAACAAAAGGCGGGAAAUCGUCACAUCGCGUACGACCGUACCCGGCCCGUUCCUGUACUGUAUGAUACUAUUUAAUGUACCGUAAAUUGUAGCAAAUAUUACUCAACUGUUGUUUGAUAUGUAUAAAAAAAAACCUAACAGUAAAGCUAAAAUCGAAUCGUUGUUCGUUCAGUGAAUUAAUGUAGAUGCCCCAGGGGAUUGCGCACUAGCGUGUAUGAAAUUGUAGCAACAGGCACCGGCACGUGAUGGUCACGUUUCAACCUAAAACUAGACCGUGGCGCAAAAUUGACGUAUAAACUUCGUUAGGCAACUUUUUACAAAAUAAAUUGAACCGAGCAGCAUUAAAAAGCGAA